AUGCCGCCGCCGCCCCCUCUUCCUCCCCCUCCCCUGCUUCUGGCUGCCGGGGGGAAGGUCUUAAAACGCAUUCAUUCCUUAGAGGAUGACAUUGUGCAAUUGGAAAAGCAAUUGCAUGUGACGGAGGAUGCAAGGGACCAAGUGCUGGAAGAGCUACACAAGUCUGAGGAUAGCCUCCUCUCCGCAGAGGAGAAUGCUGCCAAGCUGGAGGACGAGCUGGUGGCUCUACAAAAGAAGCUGAAGGGCACUGAGGAUGAGCUGGACAAAUACUCCGAGUCCCUUAAAGAUGCACAGGAAAAGUUGGAACUGGCUGACAAAAAGGCCACAGAUGCUGAGAGCGAAGUAGCUUCUCUGAACAGACGCAUCCAGCUGGUUGAAGAAGAGUUGGAUCGGGCUCAGGAGCGCUUGGCUACUGCUCUGCAGAAGCUGGAGGAGGCCGAGAAGGCCGCAGAUGAGAGUGAAAGAGGAAUGAAGGUCAUUGAAAAUAGAGCCCAGAAGGAUGAAGAGAAGAUGGAAAUCCAAGAGAUCCAGCUUAAAGAAGCUAAGCACAUUGCUGAGGAGGCUGACCGCAAGUAUGAAGAGGUGGCUCGUAAGCUUGUGAUCAUUGAGAGUGACCUGGAGCGGGCUGAGGAACGUGCUGAACUCUCAGAAAGCCAAGUCCGACAGCUGGAAGAACAGUUAAGAAUAAUGGAUCAAACCUUGAAAGCAUUAAUGGCUGCAGAGGAUAAGUACUCGCAGAAAGAAGACAAAUAUGAAGAGGAGAUUAAAGUCCUGACUGACAAACUGAAGGAGGCUGAGACCCGUGCUGAAUUUGCUGAGAGGUCAGUAACCAAGCUGGAGAAGAGCAUUGAUGACCUAGAAGCCUGUGCAGUUUCUCAAGCUAUCUGCGCUCAGUUCUCACGAAGAGCAUUUUUAGUGGCACAGAACAUGUCUGCAGAGCAAAAUGAAGGCGUAAUUGCAGCACAGGAUGAAGCAGGAAUCCCAGGUAUACUAGUUGGAGUCUCUGUAGAUGGAAAGGAAGUCUGGUCAGAAGGUUUGGGUUAUGCUGAUGUAGAGAAUCGUGUAGUAUGUAAGCCAGAGACGAUCAUGCGAAUUGCUAGUAUUAGCAAGUGUCUUACAAUGAUGGCUGUUGCUAAACUGUGGGAAGAGGGGAAACUGGAUUUAGAUGCUCCAGUGCAGAAGUAUGUCCCUGAAUUUCCAGAAAAAGUCUACGAGGGUGAAAAGGUCGCUAUUACUACAAGACUGUUAGUUUCACACUUGAGUGGGAUUCGUCACUAUGAAAAAGAUAUUACAAAAGUAAAGGAAGAAAAGGAAAAGGCAAACAGAGCAGUUAAACUGACGAAACCCUAUCAGGAUAAAGAACAAAAAGAAAAAGAAGGCAAAGGGAUUGAAAAGAGUGAUUCUGUCAAACCGAGGAAAGAACACGAAGGUGAGGUAAAAAGCCGAAAUUCAAAACCUGGCAGGAGAGACAAGGAAUUUGAGCAAGAAGAGUAUUAUUUGAAGGAAAAAUUUGAAAGCGUGAUUGAAUCACUGAAGAUAUUUAAAAAUGAUCCUUUAUUCUUUAAACCAGGUAGUCAGUUCUUGUAUUCAACAUAUGGCUUUACUCUCUUAAGCGCUGUUGUGGAGAGAGUUUCAGGACAAAAAUUUACAGAUUAUAUGCUAAAAAUGUUUCAUGAUUUGGAUAUGCUAUCAACAGUACUAGAUGACAAUGAAGCAAUGAUAUAUAACAGAGCAAGGUGUUAUGUUUACAACAAAAAGGGACGGCUGGUAAAUGCACCGUAUGUGGACAACUCUUACAAGUGGGCUGGUGGUGGCUUUCUGUCGUCAGUAGGUGACCUUCUGAAAUUUGGAAAUGCCUUGUUAUACAGUUAUCAAGCCGGACAAUUUAAAAACACUAAUGGCAAACUUCUUCCUGGGUACCUCAAACCAGACACAGUUGCAAUGAUGUGGACCCCAGUGGCAAAAACUGAAGUAUCGUGGGACAGGGAUGGUAAAUACGCAAUGGCUUGGGCUGUAGUAGAGAAAAAACAACAAUAUGGCUGUUGCAGACAGCAGAGACAUUAUGCAUCUCAUACUGGUGGUGCAGUGGGGGCAAGCAGUGUCCUCCUAAUUCUACCUGAAGAGCUGGACUCUGAAGCUAUAGAUACUGGGCUAGUGGCACCACCUAGAGGAGUAAUUGUUAGUAUUAUCUGUAAUAUGCAAUCAGUUUCGCUCAACAGCACCGCCUUAAAGAUUGCAAGGGAAUUUGAUAAAGAAAAAUGGGCACAAUAUAUAGAUUAAAAAAAGAGAUACGUGUAACUGAAU